CGUCUCUUAUCUCUGACUUUGAAUUGGUAGACGCGCAAAGGGUGUCUUUCACAGCUGUCGAAGCCGACGCUGAUAACGCUUAGUCAUCUUUGUCUGUCCAACUGACGUCGCGUCUGCCUUUGUCGGCCUCAUCAUCGGCACUCCAACACAAUUUCACGCUUCAUACAAACAUCGCACACGACACGCCGAGCUCCAGCCGCGCCUCGACGAGAGGCUCUGCUCUCACCAACCAGCAGACGCAGACAAUGAAUAGGCGCGUUUGCUGCCCGAGAGCCUGCUUCUCCCUCCGCAGCGUCCUUUCAUGAUGUUUUUCGACCCGGAGUUCUUGGAUCGCCGCCUGGCGGGCAAGGGACUGGAGCCGCUCUCGGCCGAUCCAAAGCGCAAAUCAUCUCAGAAUCAACCCUCGAGAUCGCGAAUCGCCGUGCCUCUCUUCUCGAAGCCUGCAGACUAUGUGCCUGGCAGCGGGCCGCCGUUGCGGCCAAUAUCCUUGCUCCCCGCAGGCGAUUCCACAGCGUACAUCCUCGAACGUGUCCUGCUGCCUUCUCCUGGGCCAGCACCGAACGGCAAGCCGCUGCCGAAGCGAAUGGCCUACUUGAUCGGAUGGCGCGAUCUGCGAGCCGCGAGCAUGGUGGUUCCCGCAAUGCAGGUCCUGGAAUACGUGUCCCCGCGGACGUUGGAGGAGUUUGAGGCAAAGCUGGAACAGGAGGUGGACGACGAGAAGGAGAAGCUGCGAAACGAGUUCAAGUCGGGUCUGGAGGCGCCGCAGAAGAAGAAGAAGAGGGGACGGCCACCCGCUCACAGCCAGAUAAAGUCUGCCGUGGUGGCAGAGCCAGAGCCCGUGGCUGAGACGCCGACACCGACGAAGCCACGGCACAAGAAGGGCGUCAUCAGCCUGUCGACUCCCCAAAAGUCCAGGCUGGCGGAUUUCGAGUGGCUGUCAGAAGACGAUGGGAGUCCUUCGCGGCAGAUUGCUGAGGAGCAGUUUCAGAGCUUGCAUAGCUUUUUGCCUGAACUCGAGGAGGGUAGUAACGUUGCUGGAGACACAAACGAUGCUUUUGCAACUGGAGAUGUCACGCAUCCCGUGCGUGCUGCUCCACAAGCAAGCCUUGUCCAUAUUACUAGUAGCGACCCUGCGAAACAGGAACAACCGUCAGCAUCACCUAAUCCAGAAUUCGCAAAGAUUAAGACACCUGCUUUUGCUGAUGUCGAGGCGCAGAAAUUGGUGAAUAAUAAGCACAGCUUACCUCCAGUGGCUUUGUCUGUUGAAGGGAGCAAUUGGGGCAAACUGCCUCCAUACUUGCCUCCUUCGUCAUCAGCCCCGUCUGUGGUACAGGCAGUACAGGCAGUACAAACACAGGCAGAGACGCAGAACCCUAUAAUUAACCUUGGUGAAGAGGCCAAAGUAGGUCAGAAGCAGAAGCAAUCAAAGAAGAGACCCAGGCCUGAAGAUGAAGGUGCCAAGACCGAGGCUCAAGAGGACAACGGCUGGGUGGUGGAAAGGAUAGAAGAUGUGGAAUAUUACGAAGUCGAUGGCAUUGGCUUGGUGAGAUAUUUCAAGGUGAGCUGGGAGGGUGACUGGCCACCAGACCAAAAGAGGACGUGGGAGCCGGAAGAAAACAUUCCACCGAAUCUCGUACGAAACUUUUUCAAAAACUCGCGGAAUAAAAGGAGGGCAUUAUCGAGGCGAAGCACCCAUGGCCAGGGCCACAGCCAUGCCCAUCCUACAGAAAAGAGCAAGCCAGCUAAACACAACGGUAGCUCUUCACAAAACACCCAUACUAAGAAAUCUUCUUUCAAACAAGGCACACUCUCAUGGCCCGCCGUCCGUAGGCAGUACAAGAGCGUCAGCGAAGCCUUUGCCGCAGAAGACUAUGACGAUGGCCUCGAGAUGAUGGACGACGACGGCUACGAGGCCGAGGAAGAAGAUGUCGGCGGGAACGGACAGAAUGAGUAUUUUGUCGUAACAGAAGAUGGCGACGAUGAUUUGCAUGGCCGGAGUCUAUGGCCAAGCGCUGGUGCUCUUUCAUCUGCAUUUGGCGUACUUGGGGGGCUGCAAUAA